AUGGGGGCUAUUCCUCCCUAUUCUCUGCUUCGCAAUGUGACCCCACAGGAGGCCUUGCAACUAGCAGCAGAGCAAUGCCAUGUCCAGGUCGCUGAGAUAGAGGACAUUUACCCUUCCACCGCUGCCCAAGAGAGCCUUUUUGCUCUCUCGGAAAAGAGUCCCAAUUCCUAUGUUGCUCGCUAUGUAUAUGCUCUUCCCGAUACCCUGAAGAUAGGGCAGUUUGAGGCGGCGAUCCUGUCUACCUUGGAGGCCCACACUAUUCUGCGCACAAGGUUAAUUCACGCCGGCAUUCAUGGCACUCUACAGGCUGUGAUGCGAAAGCCCGUGGAGGUGGCGAGGGAAGAUGAUCUUCACGCCUAUCUGGCAUCCGAUUGUCAGCAACUUAUGCCACCGGGUGAGCCGUUGAUUCGCAUUGCUAUUGUCCAAAGCAAACAGAAAGCAGAGUAUCUGGUCAUCACCAUUCACCAUGCCCUGUAUGAUGACUGGUCGCUGAAUGUGGUACUCCAUGAUAUUGAGAGCGCGUACAAGGGCAACGCUCUUCCGCGAAGAGCGUUUGCAGAUUUUACAGAGUUGUCUUUGCAUGCGCAGUCCGAAGAGUCGGCGCAAAAGUGGCGCUCAAAGUUUCAGGGACUCAGCAGCUCGGACUUUCCCCGAAUUCCGUCCUCCGCUUACAAUCCGGCAGCAAAGGGGUCCCUAAUUAACAAUAUUUCCUUCCCUGAAGGGAUGAGUGAGACUCGGCAGUCAGCAGUCAUCAAUCUUGCUUGGUCAAUGUUGCUCUCUCAGUACACUGGAUCGUCAGACUCUGUCUUUGGUGUCACGUUUACAGGCCGCCGAGCAAGACUCUCCGAUAUUGAGAUCAUGUCGGGCCCGACUAUUGCUACCGUUCCGUACCGUGUGCAAUUCGCACCAGAGACAAAAGUUGCUGAUGCUUUGCAACAUUUGCUUGACACAACUGAGGAAAUGCUCCCUUAUGAGCAACGAGGGCUGCGCAAUAUUUCUCGCUUGGGAUCUGAGGCAGCUACUGCCUGCCAGUUCAAGAACUUGAUCGUCAUUCAAUCGCCGCCUCAGUACGAGUAUGAGUACCUUAGCGAAAUAACGCAGGAUCUGGAUCUUUCUAACCAUGCCACAUUCGGGACGUAUGCUAUCACAUUGGUAUGUGAUUUGCGUAAAAAUGGCGUUCGUGUACAAGCAGUCUACGACGACAGAAUUGUGCCUUCCGUUCAGAUGCGGCGAAUUCUGAACCAAUUGAAAACCGUCAUCGGUCAUUUGACGGAGAAGGCUGAUUCUUCACUGGUUGAGAUCAACUCGACAAGCCCCGAAGACCUCAAUGAGCUAAGGAGUUGGAAUUAUCAAAUUCCACCAAAGUCCGACGAAUGCAUGCAUGAAUUGAUUCUGGAACAGUGUCGCGCCCAGCCUGACUCUCCGGCAGUGGUUGCUUGGGAUGGCCAGUUUACAUACAGGGAGCUUGAAAAACUCUCAGGGGACCUCUCAGCUUUCUUGUCUGAUCAGGGCAUCGGACCAGAAACUUUGAUUCCUAUCAACUUUGAAAAGUCCCGGUGGGCAACCGUGGCCAUGUUGGCCGUGAUGAGGGCCGGCGCGGCUUUUGUCUUGCUUGAUCCAUCGAACCCUAUGUCUCGGAAUCAAGAGAUCUGCCGAAGGGUGAAUGCGGCAUGCAUCCUGACUUCCAAAACGUUGGAGUCAUCAUCCAGUGCGAUGGUAGAACAAUGCAUCCCGGUUUAUGAAGGCGCUAGCUCAGUGGGAACGCAAGGGAACCGCCUUCAGUCGGGGGCAAAUAAAGUCUCGGCAUCAAAUCUUCUAUACGCUGUAUUCACAUCCGGGUCAACAGGGACACCUAAAGGCGUGCAAAUUGAGCACGGUUCCUUUGUUACCAGCACAAAGGCCUACAUCUCCACCAGCAAAAUGACGAAUGACUGCCGUGCGUUACAAUUCGCCUCUUAUGCCUUUGAUGUCAGCAUCUCAGAUACGUUGGUGACGCUAGCUGCCGGAGGGUGCCUCUGUGUUCCGUCCGAGGAGGAGCGCAAGUCCGAACUGGCUAAAGUUGUGGCCACAUACGACAUCAAUUGGGUGGAUCUAACCCCAUCACUGUUGCGGCAACUCCAGCCUGAAGACUUCCCAUCACUACGUACCGUUACCUUGGGGGGUGAGCCUAUGUUGCAGUCUGAAAUCGAUACCUGGGGCCCUCAUGUUCGUCUGCUGAACGUCUACGGUCCGGCUGAAUGCUGUGUCUUGUCGACAGUACAAAAUUCGAUUACUAACACAAUCGAUCCUCGGGAUAUUGGAUUUGGCACCGGCUGUGUUACUUGGAUUGUGGAUCCCACGAAUUACAACCGCUUGAUGCCCAUCGGCGCAAUUGGCGAGCUUGUUAUCGAAGGUCAUACUGUCGGUCGAGGAUAUUUAGCUGACAAGGAGAAGACUACAGCUGCUUUUGUCGAAAGCAGUCCGGAAUGGAUGCAGUCGGUGCGACCCAAUGCGCCUUUCACCAAGCUGUACCGCACUGGCGACCUGGCGCAAUAUACUCCGCAAGGCUCAUUGCGUUACGUUGGUCGCAAAGAUAUGCAAGUCAAGCUCCGAGGACAGCGUCUGGAGCUAGAAGAGGUUGAAUACCACGUGUCCAACGUCUUCCAUGGCGUCCAAGAGGUGGUCGCGGAUGUGAUUAGUCCUGAAAAAGACGGCAAUUCACAGCUGGUGGCAUUUAUCACCCAGAAGAAUCAAGGAGAGCAACCAGAAGGUCUUUUCAUAGAGCCUACUCAGGACUUCCAUCGAUCUGUCGCCGCUGCUAUUGCAACUCUCCGACAGACUGUUCCUGCCUUCAUGAUCCCUUCCUUCUUCCUGCCAAUCACCCAUGUACUUCGAACAGUCUCCGACAAGACAGAUCGCCGUCGCUUGCGAGAAGCUGUGGCCGCGCUGUCCCAGGAGCAGCUCCGCAGCUAUCGUCAGUGGGGAGAGGCUCGCACGAAGAGAGCGCCCGAUACAGAAGCUGGCCGCCAGCUGCAAGCUAUCUGGUCUCAAGUCCUAGGGAUCUCAUCUGAUCGAAUCGGUUUAGACGAUGGGUUUUUCGAGCUUGGUGGCGAUUCAAUCACGGCGAUGAAAGUUGCAUCCAUGGCCAAAUCGCAAGGUCUACCACUUUCUGUUCCAGAUCUUUUCCAGAGCAGUAGCCUCGAGGCACUUCUCAAAGCAACCCAAUCUCAGAAUUCAGAACGUGCAGCCUGGGACUGGGAGGUCGAAACGACUCUUCGGUCAGAUUUGAGCAAUAUUGCGACGUCGAGUGGCUGGAACUCUAGCAGGGACAAGCCUCUCCAACUCGCCUUGACCGGAUCUACAGGCUUCCUUGGGCAAGAGAUCCUCCGACUUCUCAUCGCUGAUCCCAGGGUUGAUCAAGUUCAUUGCCUUGGCGUUCGGUCUCAAGGAAAGGGCGUUGGGCGGCAGUCGGGCGCGCUUCAAUCUGACAAGGUGAUUGUUCAUUCUGGAGAUCUUUCCUUGCCUAACCUGGGACUCUCGGAGGAGACUUUCCUUCACAUCAUGUCAAACUGCUGCGGUAUCAUCCACUGCGGCGCUGAUAUCUCCUUCGUCAAAAAUUUCGAGCUCUUGUCCGCCGUGAACGUGCGCUCUACACAAUAUCUUUCCCGACUCGCAAUCCAAUACCGCGUGCCCAUUCACUAUAUUUCUAGUGCUGCCCUUUCCCACUUUACUGGACUUGACAGCUUCGAAGAAACCUCAGUGCGGCGCUUCCCUCCAGCUGAGGAUGGAGAGGCCGGGUACCUUACUUCGAAGUGGGUAAGCGAGGUAUACUUGGAGAAAUGCAACGAGAUUUAUGGUCUUCCCGUGACAAUCCAUCGUAUCUCGAGCAUUGUCGGGCCCGGGGCGCCUGAGAUGGAUAUCACCAAUAACGUGUUGAAAUUCUCUCGGAAGAUGCGCUCCUUGCCGGAUUUGAGCUCCUGUAAGGGCUAUGUGGAUCUCAUUAAUUUAGAAACCGCUGCUGCCAAUAUAGUGGGUGAUUUGCUACGUCCCAUUCAGCCAACUUCAGUCACUUAUAUCCACGAAUCUGGCGAGGUUCGUGUCGCUGCUGACAAGUUGAAGGAGCACUUGGAGAAAGAGUCCGGGGAGGUUUUCACUGAGCAGCCCCUUGCCAACUGGAUCGAGUCCGCUCGGAAAUGUGGCAUGCCGGUGUUAGUCGCUAAAUUCCUUGCAGCCAUGCCGCCCUCCGAGAUUGACAUUGCCACACCUUUUAUUCAAACAAGUCGAGUGUAUGGCAUGGCUGGUGGUAAGUAG